AGUAGCAGCUGCAGGAGAACAAUGUUUGGGCUUUAAAGACUCAACGGAACGAGUAAGGGGCAGAAAUAUAAACAGAGAGAACCAGCAGCGGUCAUGUACUGGAUGUUUCCUUUUGGCUCCAGUUAGUUUUCCUGCCUGACGAUCGCCAUGAGUAUUAUUCAAGAUAAGCUAGGCAACGAGUUCCUGCGCAACGGGGGCAUGGAGCCCAACUUUGCGCCGGGCAUGAUCAUGUUCAGCCACCUGCCGCCGGUCACCAGCUUCACGCGCAUCGCUGCGCAGUCCGUCAUGCAGGACCUGCAGCCGCACGAGAUGGUCCUGAAGAAGGAGCGCGACUCGCCUGACCACGGCUUCGUCCACCCCAUGGGCAUCAAGCAGGAGAAGAUGACGGAGCACGACUACCGCCUUCCCCUGUACGGCGGCGCGGGGAAGAGCGCCGAGCUGCUGGAGAUGUCGCUUGGCAACCCGCAGAACCUUCUGGUGCACGACCUCAGCCUGAACAACUUGUCCGGUAGAUUAGUGAAAGAUCCGAAGGAGUCCUCGGGGAAACGAGGCCGGAGGUCAAACGGUGAUGGACAGGAGGGGAAAGCCAGGAGGAAGCGCGGGGAGUCCUCAAAGUCAAUGAUGCUGAACGGUGACGGGGGACACCUGUCCCCCAGCUCCAAGCCGCACAUCUGUGAGCACUGCAACGCAGCCUUCCGCAGCUCCUACCACCUACGCAGACACGUGCUCAUCCACACAGGUGAGAGGCCUUUCCGAUGCAGUCAGUGCAACAUGAGCUUCAUCCAGAAGUACCUUCUGCAGCGACAUGAGAAGAUACACAGUGGAGAGAAGCCCUUCAGCUGUGACCAGUGCAACAUGCGGUUCAUUCAGAAGUACCACAUGGAGAGGCACAAGAGGACCCACAGUGGAGAAAAGCCAUACAAAUGUGACACCUGCCAACAGUAUUUUUCCAGGACAGAUCGAUUACUGAAGCACAAAAGAACCUGCGGAGAAGCCAUAAAGAAAGGACUGGAUCCCGGGAUGUUGGACCAGGGUGGCGAGAUGGGGCAGGGCAGCUACUCAAUCUCUCAGGGAAACGCAAAUUCUUCCGGACGCAAGAGAGGCAAGUCCAAAAACGUUGGCGAGGGCGGUGAGCGCAAGAAGAAGAAGGCCAGCGAGGCGCAGAUGGCGGGCGGCCUCGGCUUACAGAACUACGCAGUGGAGAUGCCUGCUGCCUCCUCCAACAGCAGCCUGCCCUGUCCCAGUAUGCACGGCCAGCAGGGCCGCGCACCCAAGUUGGUCUUCAAGAAGGUCGGCCGCAAAGGCCUGGACAAGAGCGCCCUCUCCCUUGGGGAGGCCUCCUCCAGUCUCCACGGGCAGAAGCUGCUGCCGCCAAAGGCAGGCUCCCUAGACCUGGCCGGAGGUUCGGGCAUGGACAACAUGGGGCUGCUGCAAGCUUCCGGGGCCAAGCAGGGCCCCACCAGCAGCAACUACGAUGACGCCAUGCAGUUCUUGAAGAAGCGGCGGUACCUGCAGGCGGCCAACAGCGGCAGUGACUACGGGGCAGGCACGGUGCACAUGCCACCACAGCAGACGGUCAUCCAGGGUGUAAUGGACAGCGAGCCGUCCCUCAGCCUGCUGGACUCCUCGCCCAUGGGUGUGGACAUCAAGCAUGACAAGUCAGGCAUACCCGAUGAGGUGCUGCAGAGCCUGCUGGAUCACUACUCCCAGAAGCCUGACGGGCCGCACGAUGUCCCCUUUGACCUCAGCGACCAGCACGUGGACCUCCACCCACCCGCUGGCACUCCUGAGCUGGGCCACGAUGAUGACUCGCCUAGCUCUUCAGGCGACAAAACGGUCAUCAUGAACGAGUACUCCAAGUUCCUCCUGCAGGCUCUGGAGCGUACCAGCCACAGCAGCAGCUUCCCGCUGGCCACCGUCGGGCCCUUCCCUGGCCUGGUGUCCAGCAGCACCCACCCGGGCGGCGCUCUAUUCUCCGACAAGCAGGUGUACACUACUUCCCCCCUGGAGUGCGGCUUCAGCCAGUCCGUUACCUCAGCCCUGCCCUCCUCCUUGCCAAAGUCCCACUUCGGGAUGCUUGUGGGCUCCUCCCAGCCCAGCUUCCACCUGAGCAGCCUGGAGGCCACCCACCAGCAGCUGACGCCCUCUCAGGAGCUCACCGACCAGAUCGAGAAGCAGCACUCCCCCUCCGCCUACCAGAUCGCGCCUCAGCAGCUGUCCGGCCAGAAGGACCGGCAGCCCAAGGGCAGCAGCACCUCCUCCAGCUACCAGCUGUCUCCGCCAGACCUGGCCCAGCUGGACCCCUCCAAGGCCGUGGACAUCCGCUCCCCAUACCAGAUCGAGAACUUCGCCCAGGCCUUCGGGUCUCAGUUCAAGUCGGGCGGCCGCGUCCCCCUGCCGUUCAGCACUGACUCUAGCGGAGAGGUGGACCACCGGAUAAGGACUCCCGUGUCAGAAUUCUCAGGGUAUACUAGUUUGUUAGCUGACGUCAAUGAGCCAGUUAGUACAGGAUCCAAGACCCCAACGAGCCAAAGCUACAGGUGAGGUAUAAGGUAAAGGACCUGGUUGGAAGUUUUUUUUUCAGCUCGUAUUUUUUGUUUAAUUUCCUCUUAUUUUAUUUUUUUAAGCAAGUUGAACUUUUAAUUAUUAC